UUUCCGACGCUGCUUCCUGCAAAAACCUCUCCCUCUCUCUCUUUGGGAAAUCGAAAAGAGAAGGAAAAAAAAAAUUCACUCUUUGAAGCUUUUCCUCGAACAGGUUAUCGGCAAGCGAUUCACCGGCGAUAACCGUCGGUUGAAGUGAUUGAAAGAACCUUAAAGGCUAAAGGCACGCAAAGGAACUCUUCUUUGGGGUAUGGUGAGAAGACACCGGUUUACUGGUUUGAUUGAUCGGAGACUGAUAGGACUGCAAAGACGCGGCCCUUCUCUUUGAUGUUGAGGGGAAAAGUUUGAGUGCGUUCGUACGGGUAGAUGGGGCGGCGGGUUGUGGUGGGAGUGGCUGUGAGUGUGGCGGUGGCGACUUGUGCGGUGGCGGCGGUGGUCGUGGGGAGGAGGGUAAAGAGCAGGAGGAAGUGGAGGAGAGUGGUGAGAGUUUUGAAAGAAUUUGAGGAGGCGUGUGGGACCCCCGUGGGUAGGCUUAGGCAGGUGGUAGAUGCCAUGGCGGUGGAGAUGCACGCAGGCUUGGCCUCGGAGGGAGGGUCUAAACUAAAAAUGUUACUCACUUUCGUUGACAAACUCCCCACUGGAGAUGAGAAAGGAUAUUAUUAUGCUCUAGAUCUUGGGGGUACGAAUUUUAGGGUGUUGCGGGUCCUGCUAGUGGGUAAAAGGUCCUCUAUCUUGGCACAGGAUGUAGAACGCCAAUCCAUUCCCCCUCAUUUGAAGACAAGCACAAGUGAGGAUCUAUUUGAUUUUAUAGCUUCAGCAUUGAAGCAGUUUGUUGAAAAAGAAGGAGAUGGUUCACAGAUUUCUCCCAUCAGGAGGGAACUUGGCGUCACAUUCUCUUUUCCUGUGAAGCAAACAUCAAUUUCGUCAGGGAUUCUGAUAAAAUGGACAAAAGGGUUUGCUAUUGAGGACAUGGUUGGAAGGGAUGUUGUUGAAUGUCUACAAGCAGCAUUGACGAGGAAUGGUUUAGAGAUGCAUGUCACAGUGUUGGUUAAUGAUACUGUGGGAACAUUUUCUCUGGGACAUUAUCACGAUCCGGACACUGUUGCUGCAGUUAUUAUUGGAACAGGAACUAAUGCCUGCUAUAUGGAACGGGCAGAUGCUAUAAUUAAGUGUCAAGGACUUCUUACGACUUCUGGAGGCAUGGUUGUCAAUAUGGAAUGGGGGAAUUUCUGGUCAUCUCAUCUGCCAAGAACUUCUUAUGAUAUCGAUCUUGACACUGAAAGUUCCAAUCCAAAUGAUCAGGUUUUUGAGAAGAUGAUAUCAGGUAUGUAUCUGGGGGACAUUGUGAGGAGAGUGAUUCUCAGGAUGUCACUGGAGUCGGAUAUCUUUGGACCUGUCUCUUCUAGGUUAUCAAUGCCUUUUAUUUUGCGGACACCUUUAAUGGCUGCCAUGCAUGAUGAUGACACUCCUGAUUUGACUGAAGUGGCAAGAAUUCUGAAAGAGGUUCUCGAGAUUUCAGAAGUCCCUCUGAAGGUCCGGAAGCUGGUCGUAAAGGUAUGUGACGUCGUGGCGCGUAGGGCUGCUAGAUUAGCAGCAGCUGGUAUUGUGGGAAUCUUGAAGAAAAUAGGACGGGACGGGAGUGGUGGCAUUGCAAGUGGAAGAAGCAGGAGUGACACUAAGAUGAGAAGAACCGUUGUCGCAAUCGAAGGGGGUUUAUAUACAAGCUAUACAAUGUUCAGAGAGUACUUGCAUGAAGCCUUGCAUGAAAUCUUGGGGGAAGAUAUUGCCCAUCAUGUCAUUCUUAAGGCAACAGAAGAUGGUUCAGGUAUAGGUGCAGCUCUCCUUGCCGCUGCACAAUCAUCAUCCAACACUGUUGAUAGCGUACAGUUAUCAUGACUACAUAAUUAUAUAUACACACACAUAUAUAUAGCCCCUGUAAAUAUAGAAUUCAUUUUCCAUUUUUAAUAUCUUCCUACAUGAAAAAAAGAAAAAGAAGGCAUGUUCCUAAGCGGUGCAUUUCAAGAUUGCAUCUCAUAUUCUUAUUGUAUCUUCCUUAUUUGUUUAUUUAAUUGUAAUUUUAUCUUUUCUGUUCAUUGUAAUUGAUGGGUGAACCUGUGAUUAAGCA